AUGGAGACCGGCGAGGAUAACGAACUGAAGUUGAGGUCAGGCAAAUUGGAUCAACUUCUGCCGACUUUCCGAAAAAGAGAUGGACCAGUGAGCAAUGAAGACUUCAGAAAGCUCUUUCUCGCCCUUUGCGGUGAUACUGGUAAGCGGUAUUCUUUAAAAGUUCUUUCAAAUGAUUGUACAAUUUCAGGAAAGGAAUAUGACUCGGACGAUUCGGAAAUCUCGGAUAUUAAGGACGAAAAAGAAGCAGAAGAGAAAGAGGUGAGAAUUCCAGACAGUCAGAAAGUUUCUAAUCACAUUCCGUUUGCAGAGAAAGUUCAAAGAGUGCAUGGAGUCGAUCAAGACUAUGGACAAGAACUACGCACGUAUCAAAGCACUUCUGAAGAUUGGAAACGAGACGGUCGAGGAGAAAGAGGCAAGACGACGUGCUUACCUAGUCAAAACGCCGAAAUCGGAAAUCCGUCAAUUCCUUAUCACUCUUUUUCUGAAUCCUCUUGGCACGAUGCCAUGA